AUGACAGAAUUUUACGAUUUUCAAAUUAAUGAUAUUAAAAAAAAACCAUUUGACUUUAAGGAAUUGAAAGGAAAAGUUGUUUUGAUUGUUAAUGUAGCUUCAAAAUGUGGAUUUACUAAACAAUAUACAGGAUUGGAACAACUUUAUCAAGAGUUUAAAAAUCAAGACUUUGUCAUUAUUGGAUUUCCUUGUAACCAAUUCGGAAAGCAAGAACCAGGAACUGAAGAAGAGAUUGAAAAUUUUUGUAGAGUUAAUAAGUACCAGGUUACUUUCCCGUUAUUUUCCAAAAUUGAUGUGAAUGGAGACAAAGCAGAACCCCUUUAUGAGUUUCUCAAGAAUAAUGCACCUGAGACGAUGAAUGAUCCUGAUAAGAAAGAUGUUAAAUGGAAUUUCACUAAAUUUUUAAUUAAUCGUCAAGGAAAAGUUGUUCAUAGAUAUGAACCUAAUAUCACGCCCGAAAGUAUUCGCGGUGGCGUUGUAGAAUUAUUGAAUGAACCAACCAGUCAGUAA